AUGGCAGCUAGGCAUGUUGAUGUUCGUCGUUGCGAAUAUUGUUGGGAGCACUAUACAACUCACGACGCUACCGCUGCCGGUUCUCUCGACUCUCCAAGCUUGCUUGUGUGCAUCGGGGCAGUGCUAAUCGCUACUUUCGGUGCUGUCAAUGAACCCGCGCAUAGCCUCGAUGAGCUCUUAGGGCUGCUUCAUCAACGGCCUUUCGUUGUGUGGAUGGUUAUGACUGGGUUGGUAGUGGCUCUUGUCCUUGCCGGAUCUCGCAUCAUCAAGUUGCUCUCGACUUCGGGCAAUUCCAAGCUAUUUCGCUCUAUACAUCUGUCCCGCUCGUUAAUUUCUCCUUCCCAGGCAAAAUUCUAUCGAGGGUUGGCGUUCGCUUUUUGCAGUGGAGUCCUAUCAGCUCACACGCUGUUGCUGGCCAAAUCAGCGGUCGAGCUGCUCGUACGGACCAUUGUCGACCAAGUGAAUCAAUUCAAUCGAUGGCAAUCCUGGCUUAUCCUGAUAGGGAUUGUUUUCCUUGCUUUAACACAACUGUACUAUAUGCAUCUUAGUUUGAAGCUUUGUAGCACCAGCGUUCUUUACCCUUUUGUUUUUUGCGUCUACAAUAUUGUUGCGAUUUUGGAUGGGUUGAUUUAUUUCCGUCAGGCCUCCCAACUUGCUGGGCUACAUGCCGGACUUAUUGCUUUGGGUACCGUUGUCCUCUUGGGGGGUGUCCUGUUUCUCUCCUGGCGGUUGGAGGACAGUGACGGCCACCCGAGUAUCGCCGUACCGAAUGCAUCGCAAACACCUCUGGGCCCUGGUAUGGGGAUUGUGGAGGAAUACACUGACUCACCAGAUGACGAAGAGAUGCAAGUAGGCGAACGACAACCUCUUUUGCCCAAAUCGUCGUCAAGACUUGAAACGUCCCAUAAGCGGACGCCGAGCUUACCUUUGAUUCCGACGCAUCGAUAUCGUGCGCAGACAGUUGAUGCUCGAGCAUUCAACACUGAAUCUGCGCAGAUCUGGGCGGAACUCGAUGACUCUGAAAACGAAGUAGAUGGAAAUCGGACAUCGAUGGAUUCUAGCCCAAGCCAAAAAAGAAUUACACAGUUGCCUCGCAGGCGAACAUUUUCUCUCUUAUCAGAGGAUCGGGCCCAAAGAUGGCCACUCUCUGGGAAUGACGAUAUUCGCACAUCUACGCCCAUACCCAAGUCUCGAAAUGUGUCUGUCGAUUCUCCACCAGCGCUGUCUCGCUGGAGUCCACACUGGUUACGGUACCAGCGUGAUAAGACUGGGCUAUCAAGGCGUACCUCGGCCCCUGUGUCGAUAGGCAGGAGGCUCGGACAAAAUAAAGCACUAAAACCAGAUUUCAACAAGAUCAGCAGCAGCCCUCAUAACAAUAAUGGCGUUCUUGUCCCCAGUUUCUCCCGACAUUACGGAACAAACCACAUAACAGAGGACAGGGGACCACACGCUCUUCACCAUGAUCAAGGCGCUAUUGACACGGUGAAUGAUGAUGAUAAUGACCACGAUAACUACCCAAAUUCAGAUACUACUUCCCUCAGAGCCGGGUGGCAGCGAGGUUUGAGAUUAUUACAACGCUGGACGGGAAUUUCGGGGUCUGAAAGGAGUCAAGACCACUUAGAGCAUCCGCCCGUGUGA